UCUAGAAGAUAAUGUGGAAGGUUAUGCAUAGUACCGUCGGCGUUGAACCAAUAGACAGGCCUCCACGCCCACGGCACCGGCUGCUCUUUUUCUUUUCGUCGGUCGUUACCGCUCUGCUGUUCCCUUCGACACUCCAUCGCUUCCCCGUUUCAGCAUUUCGUGUUCGCGAAUCCAUCGGACGGUCGGAGUAAUCUCGUCGGAAACUGCAGAAGAAGAGCAAACCGUCGUCUUUCGCGAUUUCAAGAAGAAAAUCUAGCCGAUACUCGUUUCAGGUAAAGUGAGAUUCGGAACUUCUGAUGCUCCGCCAUGUGAUUCUCUCUCAUAGCAACUAUUGCGAUUCUCUCUGAUUGUUCCCUGGCUCUUCAAUCGGAAGUGACCUAGUUCCUGGCUAUGGUAUGUCUUCUUUCUUUUCGACUGAUUGCCCAUUUGUGAGAUUGAAUAUCAAUAGGUACCUGUCUACCCGCCCUCUGUUGCCGCAAUUUCUAGGCACGUGAAUGAGUUUAGCCGGGAGAGUAGUGCUUAAUUGCAUUGUUAACGACGUUUAAAUCCAUUCAAUUUCUGGAAGCAGAAAUUGCGCAGCUUUUAGGACAAUUGGAAGGUACAGGACAGUAGGUUGGCAAAUAGGUGAAGGGAAACUGUAAUUCAUACUUUCAGGCCUAAAUCUUGUCUGGGGGCUUGUGGGCACUGAUUUGUUUGGCCAUGUUUGUUUAAAUUGAGUUUGAUUUGUUCGUUUUUGUCAUUGUAGGUAUGGAUGAUGAAGCUCCCAACUCUCUCCGGAGGAUGUCAAGCAGGACCCGUAAAGUCGCUCCAAAGAUGGUCGCAGCCCUUGCCAGCACAGAUAAUCGUACUCAGGCGGCUCUUGCUCGUCUCGAAGCAUUGGAGAAUGAUAAUGCAGGGCUGGAAACAGUAGAACCUAUUGAUGACGACGAGGCUUCUCUUGACGAUGAUGAUGAAGGAUAUGUUCAAAAGAAGGCCAAGGGUACUAAACGCAAAACUCGACAAGCGAAGGCACUUGAGAAUGCUAGGAAGCCACCAAGAAACUUUCUCGAGCUCUUACACGAGGCAAAUCUGGAGUCUUUGCCACCCCAAGUUCCAUCUUACUUGAGAGCAGCAGUUGGGCCACCAAAUUCAACAUGCCGCAGACAUUUCUGUACCGUUUGUGGGUUCGCUUCCACCUAUACAUGCGUGAGGUGUGGUAUGCGUUUCUGUUCUAUUCGUUGCCAGACCAUACAUGACGAUACUCGUUGUCUCAAAUUUGUGGCCUAAGGUUAAAAGCAAUGAAAAUGAGUAUUGCUG